AUGUAUGGCUUCCACUCGACAUCCGAUUACUCAAUUCCACCGGAAAACAACCUGAUUCUUCCGUCGGAGCACCACGGAUUUCAUCCACCCGUCUAUCACAGCUGGCCGUUUUACGGAUCCGAUGAGUUGUUAUCUGCUGCUGCCUCAGUCAUAACGGAUGCGGUUUCGAUUGAGACUACUCCUCAUCAGAUUAUUCUUCCAAAACGUCGAACCAAUCGACAACAUGAUCUUCAAGCAAAAAAUAACGGAGAUAACGAUGAUGAUGAUACUUCUCGCGAUACAAUCAAGCACAAAAUCGCGUCUCAUCCUUCCUACUCUAAGUUGCUCGAUGCUUAUAUCGAUUGCCACAAGGUAGGGGCGCCACCGGAAAUCGCGUGUUUGUUGGAUGAUGUCCGUCUCGAAAACGGCGCUCGUAAACGAAACGCAACCGCCUCCACUUGCUUAGGAGUCGAUCCUGAGCUCGACGAAUUCAUGGAAACCUACUGCCAUCUACUGGUGAAGUAUAAAUCCGAUCUCGCAAGGCCUUUUGAUGAAGCUACAGUUUUCAUCCGCAGUAUCAAAACGCAACUUCGCAAUCUCUGCAAAGGUGCGUAUAUUCCGUCUUCCUCUUAA